GGUGCCAGCCCUCUUCUCUUGCGUUUUCCGCUUGCUGGCUACUAUACCUGCAGACGCGACGCCCUCUUCUCUUGCGUUUUCCGCUUGCUGGCUACUAUACCUGCAGACGCGACGCCCUCUCUUCGGCCACUGUUCUUCCUCGACGUAUCGUCACCGGCGAGCAGGCAUUGAUACGGGCCCUUCACCUACGCGGUCGACGACAUCACCCACGCUGCAGUUCUGCCCGGAAACUCGUCCCCAUUGAUCGCGAGCAUCGGCAUCUCGAACUGGCUGUGUGACUCUCCUGCGACGCACGACGACCUACAGUAGUUCGAUCCUCCGGCGAUUCAGACCCACAAGCCGCAGAGCAGAUCUGAUUCUUUCGAACCAGGCCCGUGUAGUUGCGAUUUUCCUGCUUUUGAUGCAUUUUGGCGGCAACCCACUGUUCUAUCUACCUUGUUCCAGAUUACCCGUAGACUAAGAAGGUUAGAUUUGUGAGUUCGUAUCAAUUCAAACCCCAACCAGCAAGCGUUCGAAGCUGUUUGGCGGCGUUCAGUAGGGUUUGGUAUGGAUAGUAAGUACAGCAGAGAGUCGUCGGAUGAGGAUGAAAUGAAAAGGAAAACAAAUAGACAGCCCCAUAGUAGUAGAAAAAGAGAUAGACAACAUGGUCAUCAUGAAGAUGAUAGUGAUUCUUCCGAUGCCAGUGAAGGAUACAGGGGUAGACGACAUGAGAAGAAAGAUGACGACCAGGCUAAGAGAAUUAGUGGGAAUAAUGAUGGCCACACACAUGAAAGGUGGCAGAACGAAGAUGAAAAAAAGACUGCAUCUCAACGAUUUCCUGAUGAAGGUUACAAGAGAAUAGACAGAGAGAAUAAUGGGCAAGGUAGAGACAAAAGGCAUCACGAUGGAAAUCGGUGCAGAGAGCAAGAGAGAGGAGACCGGAAAGAAUCACAUCAAAGUUUUGAGGCAGAAGAGCAGAGAAUGGACAGAGACAAAAAGAGGCACAAUAGAGACAGAAGGCAUCAAAGUGAACAUAGGCAGAGAGAACAGGAGCGAGUAGAUCGGAAAGAAUCACACCAAAGUUCUGAUGAAGAUGAGCGGAGUGUAGAUAAAGAAAAAAAUAGGCACGAUAGAGACAGAAGGCAUCGGGGUAAAAAUCCACACAGAGAACUAGGGAGAAGUGGCAAGAAAGAAUCAUAUCAAAGUAACGAUGAAGAUGAACAGAUAACUGGGAGAAACAAAAAUAGACAUGAUAGAGACAGAAGACAUGAAGAUGAAAAUCAGCAUAGUAGAGAAAAAGAGAGAGGAGACCAAAAAGAAUUAUAUCACAGUUAUGAUGAAGAUGAGUGGAAAAAUAGGAGGCAUGACCGUAGACAACGUGAAACAGAGAAUGGAAAUAAAAUUACGGAUCGCCAUUUGCGUCAUGAUUCAAAAGAUGAGCGUGACAAGGAAUUGCAUAGAAAAUCUGAAGAUCGAAGGAAUUGGACUGAUAAUGAUAGGGAGAGGAAGCAUUCAAAACAUGAUUACAAGUCUAGCAAUUCUCAAGAUCAACGAGAUAAGGAGGUGAGUGGAUGGAGGGAGGAUAGAAGAAACAUUGGGGGGAAAGAAAACGUUGGUACAGGGACUCUCAACCAUCUACAACCACACAGACAGGAAAAACAGUCUGAAAACAAUCUGAAUCCUGAUGCUUCAAAUCUGGGGAAGAGUGGGGGGGUUUAUAUUCCACCAUUUAAGUUGGCCAGAAUGAUGAAAGAGGUUGAAGAUAAGAGCAGCAUUGAGUAUCAACGUUUGACAUGGGAUGCACUUCGAAAAAGUAUUAAUGGGCUUGUCAACAAGGUCAAUGCUACUAAUAUAAAAAAUAUCAUUACAGAGUUAUUUGCAGAGAACCUGAUCAGGGGUAGGGGUCUAUUUUGCCGUUCCUGCAUGAAGUCACAAAUGGCAUCUCCAGGGUUCACUGAUGUAUUUGCAGCACUAGUUGCUGUUGUGAAUACCAAAUUUCCGGAAGUGGGCGAUCUUCUAUUGAGAAGAAUUAUCUUGCAGCUCAAAAGAGCAUAUAAACGGAAUGACAAGCCUCAACUACUAGCGGCCGUAAAAUUUGUAGCACAUUUAGUUAAUCAGCUGGUGGCACAUGAAAUAAUUGCAUUAGAGUUACUCACUGUGUUGCUGGAGAAUCCUACAGAUGACAGCGUGGAGGUGGCCGUUGGUUUUGUUACUGAAUGUGGAUCAAUACUUAAUGAUCUUUCUCCUAAGGGGCUUCAUGGAAUAUUUGAGCGUUUUCGUGGAAUUCUUCAUGAAGGAGAAAUAGACAAAAGGGUCCAGUUUCUGAUAGAAGGCCUAUUUGCAAUAAGGAAAGCAAAGUUUGAGGGCUAUCCAGCUGUUCGUCCAGAACUGGACCUUGUAGAGCAAGAAGAUCAGUUAACUCAUGAAGUAUCUCUGCAAGAAGAGAUAGAUCCUGAAAUUGCUCUUGAUAUCUUCAAAUCUGAUCCAAAUUUCCUUGAAAAUGAGAAGCGUUAUGAGGAUUUAAAGAAAAAUAUACUUGGUGAGGAAUCUGAGGAUGAAGAAGACCGAUCUGAUGCUGGAUCAGAUGAGGAUGAGGAGGAAGAGGAUGAAUCUGAAGAAGAAGAUGAGGAGCAGAUGCUAAUAAAUGAUGAAACAGAAACCAAUCUUGUGAACCUCAGAAGGACAAUUUAUCUGACAAUUAUGUCCAGUGUAGACUUUGAAGAGGCCGGGCACAAGCUUCUCAAAAUUAAACUUGAGCCUGGUCAAGAAAUAGAGUUAUGCGUCAUGCUGUUGGAAUGUUGCAGUCAGGAGAGAACUUAUCUUCGAUAUUAUGGUCUGUUGGGGCAAAGAUUUUGCAAGAUCAACAAGGUGCAUCAGGAAAAUUUUGAGAAAUGCUUUGUCCAGCAAUACUCGAUGAUUCACAGGCUCGAAACUAAUAAGCUAAGAAAUGUGGCCAAAUUUUUUGCCCACUUACUCGGGACUGAUGCUCUCCCAUGGCAUGUUUUGUCCUACAUUCGAUUGACUGAAGAAGACACCACAUCUUCAUCUAGGAUUUUUAUUAAGAUCCUUUUCCAGGAACUGUCGGAGCAUUUGGGAAUUCGACUGUUGAAUGAACGCCUGACGGAUCCAACAAUGCAGGAUUCGUUUGAGUCCAUAUUCCCUAGGGACAACCCAAAAAACACGAGAUUCGCUAUAAACUUCUUUACGUCUAUUGGGCUUGGUGGACUGACAGAGAAUUUGCGAGAGUAUUUGAAGAAUAUGCCGCGGCUGAUCAUGCAACAGCAAAAACCAGUGUCGGAGUCGGAUGAGGAGUCUGGAAGUAGUGAUUCGUCAGAUUCAGAUUCAGAUUCAAGUGUGUCAUCAGAUUCAUCAGAAAGUGAAGAAGAGGAAGAAGAUAGGAGACGUGGAAAAAAGAGAAGAAAAAGUGGAAGGUGAUGAUAAUGUUUGUAUAUUUUGUCCAUUAGCUGUUAGCAAGAUAUGGUGUGAUGUGUUAACUUUUUGAUUGUUUCCCCCUUGACGACACAGUAUUUUAUAUAUGCAAUGACGAUGAUAAAGAUGAUUCUCAUUC